AUCCAACGUGGCACACUGCGCUUUGUUUCGCCCUGAGUCCAGAGUUCUACCUUGUUAUCCGUCAGGGGGUUGUUACAUUAUCCUGCAUUAAUAUCGUUUGUUAUUACUAUUCCCCCGUGCCCUUGCUCCGUAUCCGUAUUAUUACGUUCUCCUGUGCUGCCGCUGCUGCGCCAACAUCGCGUGCCACACAAACACUGCCACUCCCUACAACGAUAGAGUCCAAUCGAAUGCCCUCCAUUUCUUCUGCCUAAAUUAAUCCAAGCCGUUGAGGUCUGCGAUAUGGCCUCUUGAUAGCCAGGAUAUUCUUGUUCUGUCUACAUUGCUCGACACGUUUCCGAUUUCGAUUGAUUGACCGUACCCGUGACCCUUGUGCAACCGAUUGCAUCACCACUACCACCACCACCCACUUUCACUGACGAACUGUUAAAACGGAAUGCGUGCUGGCCAUGGAAUCCCUUGUCUACGAGAAUUCGCCUUUGGCAGAUUACCUUCAAGGUGAGUCUUGUGGAUUCGACACUGGCUAUAAUAUGGAGACUCAAGUUCUUGGUGCUUCAGGGGAGGGUGAACGCGGCGAAAACUGGCCCAUCGAAGAGGGGGAGAACAGCGACGAUUUCCAAGACCCAACGACGGAGUUUGCGCCUCGAGGAGCUUCAAAAUUUCAAGAUCGUGUCCGGAACAAAUUACCCAAACCAUUGGAUCUCAAAUCCUCACGCCAGAGCGCAGCUCUCAGCAAAUUCUACGAUGCUUGUGCAUCCGCCUUGAAUUCGCGCAUCGGACGGAGUGACAAUCAACAAUUUUUGGAACAAUUUGGUUAUGUGAUUGUCGCAUCGCAGUUGUUGAACGAGCACAGCGCCCCUUCGUAUACCUCGGCUGCCGACGUUUCGUCACACGCCCAAACAGCGGAGUUACCCUCGCUUUCCACCACAUUCGGUCUUCAGGGCGCAGUCGUUACCGCUUCGACCUCGUUUUCGAUUGUUUGGUUACUACAAUGGAGUCGGUCGCGAACAGGGUCUGGUGUAAACCCGCGGAAAGUUGGCGUCCUUCUGAUUCUGGUCCCGGUCCUCGGAGUUCUAUUCUACGCUUUCGCAAGACGACAAUGGCUCAAAUACCUGCGACACCAGGCUGUUGAUGCUGCCGUACUUCUUGUUGGCAACUCGCAGGGAUUCGACUCGGCAGCAUCGGCAUCGGUUGUUUUCAUACAAGAAGUUGAGCUGGUUUCAAGGGGCUAUCGCAUAAGCACACCGUUGCCUCCGGUGAGCCGACUCGAAGAACAGGCACAAUCGCGACGAUGUCUGAGGUUGCGCCGUAUUGUCUCCGAGUGUCUAUUUUCAAUGUUGGAGAGAUUUAUCGAAACACAACAUACUCUGCAGCCGCUCACAGACAAUGCGAACCUCGCCAAAUAUUACGACAUCUAUGACAUUUCAGUAGAAGAGCUUGCCGAGGCUGAAUCAGGAUUGGCCGAAAGAUUAACAGAAGACCAAUAUUCAUUGCGCUCCCUGCGGAGUCUCUUUGGAAAGCUGUACAGUGUCAGGAAAAGUAUUCUCUGCUGUCUUUUGGCCCUUGGUGCUGACGGAGGCGGAUCGGAUAUUGCUCGAUGGAGUGCCGCUGUAGAACAGAUGCGGGAGCUCGCUGAUGUGACCGGGGAAAAUAUCCAGAGAAUGACCAGUAUCCUUAACGAGGAAGACAAAGAAGCUAUUCCCCCGUCUCCUCUGCCCACGGCCUCUCCUAGCAAGGAUAAUCUUCGGGCACAGUAUCGGAGGAUCAACACCCUUUCUCAAGGGAUACGUGCCCUGCAUGCAAAGAUGCACAUUAUCCGCGAGGAAUCAAAUGCGAAUCUUGAACGAACAGACACCGGUGACCUCGAGGCGACUCUUCUUUCACAAUACGAAUCUAUUGGAACAGACAUACGAGGCCUGCUUCAAGAAUGGGAGGCAGGCAAGUCUGCUCUCGUGAACAAUCUAGACAGACAGUCCACCAUGGAUCGAUCACGACCUUCUAGUGGGCUGAAAACACCACUGUCACCCACACCUAGUCUUGGUGGUUCCACCGCGGUAGACGGUAGUCCGUCAGAUGCUCUGAAAGCUUUGAACGGCGAAGGUCGGCUGGAUCUGAACACUCUUCAGGAGGCGACUGACGAAGAGUUGAUCUUCGAAGCUGUGGCGCUACCUGCUCGCAACAAAAGGGCGUCGUUAACCAGAGAUGAGCGUAUUGCACGUGUCAAAGAAGACCGAGCAAAACAAGCUGCUGCACGAGAGCGAACUGAUGCAAAUACCACUAUGCUCAAAGAGCUCGAGAUGGUCAUCAAGCAGAGACCCCCUGGGAUCGCCUCCAAAAGGGUUACAAUGUUGGAAGCACGACUAGAACAGGCCAGCCUUCUCAAGCGCGUCGUCGACGCAAUCAAAGAUCUCGUCCAGGACUGCAACUUCGAUUGCAAUGACUCCGGAAUCGCUCUCCAGGCCAUGGACAACUCCCACGUUGCCCUGGUCUCCAUGCUCCUCGGGGUGGAGGGUUUCUCGCCCUACCGCUGCGACCGAAACAUCGCUCUCGGUAUCAACUUGGUCUCGUUGACCAAGGUGUUGCGGGCUGCUCAGAAUGAAGAUAUCUUGACUCUCAAGGCUGAGGACACACCCGAUGCCGUCAACCUCGUGUUUGAGAGCGCAGAAACCGACCGGCUAAGCGAGUACGACCUGAAGUUGAUGGACAUUGAUCAAGAACACUUGGCUAUCCCCGAGACAGAGUAUGCUGCUACUGUUGAGAUGCCUUCGGCAGAAUUCCAGCGCAUCUGCAGAGAUCUCAAUGCUCUUUCUGAGUCUGUCGUUAUCGAGGCGAGCAAGGAGGGCGUCAAGUUCUCCUGCCAAGGUGACAUUGGUAGCGGAUCCGUUACCAUCCGCCAACACACCAAUGUCGAUAAGCCCGAACAGAACGUCACCAUCAACCUCACCGAACCCGUUGCCCUUACUUUCUCUCUCAAGUACCUUGUCAACUUCUGCAAGGCCACAAAUCUCUCCGACAAGGUCUCCCUAUGCUUGUCCUCGGAAGUGCCACUGCUCGUUGAGUACGGCCUGGGAAGUGGUCACCUGAGAUUCUACCUUGCUCCUAAGAUCGGAGACGAAGAGUAAGAUACCCAGACGACGACCACCACGACAAAACGAAAAAAUACAACAAAACCAAACAACAAUAAUGAUGGAGGGAGUGC